GAGAGAGAGAGAGAGAGAGAGAGAGGGAGUGAGGGAGUGAGAGGGUGAGAGAGUGAGAGAGAGGGAGUGAGAGAAAGGCAGGCUAGGUUUGCGGCUACACUAUAGCUCCAAGUAAGGGCCAGGGAGAUCAGGCUCCGCCUGGUGGCAUUCUGACAGCGAGAGGUCGUUUCUUAUUUUCUUCGGUGCUAAGGCUUGCUAUGUGCAGUCGCAGCCAAAUGUGUAGAUCCAUGGCAUGUAUCUCCUGCAGGUCGCCCAAUCUGUCUAGUAUGGGCUGGCGCCGGGUGCCCCUCCUCCAGGGCCCUGAUCCUGGUUCGUCAUAUGGGGGAGAGACCUUUGAAGGAUGGGCGCUCUCUCUCUCUCUCUCUCUCACCCUAUGCGUGCGCUUCUUUUCAUCCAAUUGUGCAAGUGGCUAUUUCCAUACAUGGAAAACCACACACGCACUCUCACACACACACGCCCUCGAUGCCAACCAACCUCACGCCACCGCCAAUGAAUUGGGAUAUGCAGCAAACAAGGUCAUGGUCUGUUUGGGAAUGACGAAGCAUUGGUCGGGCAUGCAAGACGGAUGGCUGAUGAGAUGCUCUGAGACGGCAGAGAGGCGCGAGGCAUCGAAGGUGUGGCGCCCGCAGGCGGGCAGGGUCGAGAAGCUCGCCAGUUCGCAAGGGAGGGAGCCGAGCAAGUUGGAUUAUCCGGCCUUCGAAAUGAGGUCGCCCAAUGGUCGAGACGACGGUGCAUACAGAGUAAUGAAGGGGAUAGUUCGGUCUGUAGUGCAGGCAGGCCCUGGGUGCAAUGGGUGUCAGUGUGAGAAUGAGAAGGUGAUUAUGGUGGGUGGGUGCAAGUAGUAUUCGGGACAUGCUGCACAGUCGAUAUUCUCCUCCAGAGGCGCUAGUCUUAGAUCGUAGCUGCGCGUCACAACUGGUGCGUGAGGUCGUAGUCUCCCGGGGGCCUUGCUGUGAGUUCCACUGUCUUCCGGACGUAGCAGAGACGAGUGACGAACGACCUCAAUCGGGACACUGGUGGUGUGGGUAUACAUGGUGGAGACGGAUACCCACACCCACCCAUCCACCCACCCACAC